AUGCCGAGCGCUUCCCCGUCCACGAUCGUGCUACGAGUGCGUCGUCCGCCCGACAACAACCAACAGACGCAAAAUCUCGAGACAGAACCUUUAUCCCCAGUCGCAGCCAAUGGCAUCGUGCUCGGUACAGGCUUGCAAGCCCUUUUCAAGCUUCGAGGCGACUCAAAGAUCGACGCAGCCCACGGAACGCUAGAACGUACAUCCGGAUUGGGCAUUUGGGUCUACAGCGACCACAGUCGAGAAGGCUCCAUCCUCAAUAACGAACUCAAGAUCCACGAUGACGCUGUAGUCGUGCGUCACGGGGACACGUUGAAAUUGGGUCAAACGGAGAUUGAAUUGCGUCUUAAAAUGGGUAAACUCGAAAAUCCAGAAGAGGAUCACGAUGAAAAAGAGCAAGUGUCUCCAAUUGGGACCAACCAAGAAAAAGAAAUGGGUACAAAAAAUGGUGGUCGACUAGCACGACGUCGAGCUUCAAGCCCCUGGGGAAGAGGAUCGGUCACCAAGGCACAACAAGCCAAGCAGCGACUGCCUCGAAUCGACACCUCGGGUAUUGAUUAUAAUGAGCCUGCAGUAGUUCAGCCCAUGGCAACUCCUCCGGCAUAUUCGGCAUCUCCCGUCCCUGGCGUGAGGUGGCGUCGAAAACGAAAUUCGAUAGCUACAACGACAUUGACAGCGAGGUCGCCGUCGCCUCGGGAUCAAAAUAGCCACCCUCACUCGUUCCAUCGACCUCGUACGCGGUUCGUACAGGGAGAAAUGCCUCCAGAGGAGGAAAACACAGCGAAACCGGCUCGUCCUCCGCCUUUAGAGUACUCUAGCUCUCCAAUUGUGUCGCCGUCCUCCUUACGACAGCGACACAAUCUCUUCCAGCAGCCACCAAGUAGUUUACCUGUGCCUACGUCUGGGUUAAUAACUGGAGUACCGCCACCUCCCGUUAGUGUCGGUGCAAAACCAACGGCUCGACGUGAUGAUCUUCGUAUCCAAGUGUCCAAGAAGAUGGCUGCGGCUGCACCGACAAGUGCUGGGAAGGCGCAGGCGCCUCAAAUACCAGCGAAUAAACUGGAAUUCCAAACACCUUCGUCUCCUGUGGCACAGAGAGAUAUUCGAAAGCAACAAGAAUCCUUGCAGACCAUUUUGCAACACAAAUCUGAAGAAGAACAGCUUCUGAAACAGCAACAAGAAGAAUGGAUGAGAACGCAUCUCAUGUCUGGGGAUACGAACGAGGCAUCUCCCACGUCAACGUCGGCGCUGUCGCCUAGUAAGAGUGAGAUUAACUUUCUGGAGCACGACGACUUAACGUGCUUUCCCGCUCCAGCUCCAGUACUUUUACGCACACUGUCACUUGGUAUCAGCGAGCAACGUUCUAUAAGACCGAGUCCACGUCUGACAGCCGCGAUUCGAGCCUCCCGAGCACGUCUCAAUAGCUUUGAAGAAAAAGUCAGUACACGUGACUCUAAAGGCCGUCGAAAGACAACAGCGCUGGUGUUUAGUCCGAGCAUAAGACUCCAUCACGAGGGUGCAACAAUCAGUCCAGUUAAGGAAAGCGAACUGCGUACGUCGAGUGAGAGUAUCGCUUCCACUGCGUCGACGGUCAUUACGUGCCACCGUCGCGUUACGAGCUCGCUAUCUUCGGCUACUUCAGUGGAUUUAUGCGAUUUCUUGGGAUACCAGCAAGAGGAAGAUGCCGAAGAUAUGGUCACCUCUUACACUAGUCCUGAUUUGUAUGGCUCGGAUGAGUUGCUACGUCGCUCUCGCGAGGAUACUACCCUGCUGUACGAUGCCAACCGCAACAGUAUGUAUGGGACAUUGUCACCCCCACAGUCCCGUGUGUCAUCCACGCUCUCGCCGUCAAAUACGCGACUCGGAUCACCUCGUCAACGUCCCGAGACUUCCAUUACUAGCAGUAACCAGCAGCUAAACGACAGUCCUCGUCCUAGUCUCGACAAAGCUGUAUCACUCGGAUCACGUGUCUUGAGCCCCAGAGGUGGCGACUUCGAUCCACGUUCGCCGUACAAAUCAACUGCAGCUCUCAAGAACCAAAUGCCGCAGUUGCAAAAGCUUCGUCGACCAACAUUCCAACCGGAGGAUGCGGGUGUGGAAGGAACAGAUGCGUCUGAACCGCGACAGCCGAAGCCUAAACCAUUUCGAAAACGUGCAUCGUUCCGUCGCCAUUCGCUGACGCCGUUGUCAGGCUUGAAUAAGCGCUAG